AUGUAUGGCGCUCCGCACAAUGGCUUCGGCGCACCGCCGCCGCAGCAGUAUGGCUAUCCCGGUGCUGCUCACCUCCCUCCUCAUCCUCAACAUGUUCAGCAGCCCGAUAUCAGCAAUGACCCAAACGCUUUCGCAGCCAUGUACAACAGCCAUCUCAAGUCAUUGACCUUCAACUCGAAGCCCAUCAUCACCAACCUCACCGUCAUUGCCCAAGACCACAUCCGCAUGUCGGCCGUCGUUGCAAAAUGUAUCGACGACCAUAUCAUGCAGUCCCACCCCUCGAUUCGUCUCCCUGCACUCUACACGCUCGACUCGAUCUGCAAGAAUGUCGGCGAACCCUACACGCAACUCUGGUCCGCACGGAUCGUACCCAUCUUCCUCGAAUCGUAUCGACUGGUGGACCAGCCUACGAAACGACGCAUGGAGGAACUGCUCGCGACCUGGAAGACUGCAGGCCAUGCCGCAAGGCCUAUCUUUGGAGACAAUGCACAGUGGUCAAUCGAACGGGCCCUCUUUGGCAGUCAAGGCAUGCCCCAACCGAAUGUGGCCGCGGCCCCGGUCGCAGACCCGCGUGCCAACGCGGCCAGAUCGAAAUCGAGAGCGAUCGAGAACAUCGACAAGCUUCUCGCUGUCGAUGGACAGUCGUUGGCCGCUAAUCCAUCGGAUCAAGCCUUGCACGAGCGAGUCGACUCGCUGGCUCAGCUCAAGCAGGUUAUCCUGACUGUGGAUCUCUCCACAGAAGAGAUGGCGCAGAUUCACGCCCAGCUCGAUAGCCUUUCCGCAGCUGCACAACAGUUGAAUCCGGCAGCACACGCAGCGGCCAUGCACGGCCAGCCCCUUCCUCCUCAGUCGAUCGCACCCGCACCGGCCCCCGCAGCACCCGCGCCGAUUCCCCAGGGUCUGUCAGGCGCCUUGGCGAGUCUCUCCGCACUGACCGCGCCCGCUCCCGCUGCAGCACCCAACGGCGCCGCCCAAGCGCCUCCAGCCACCGAUGCAGCGUCGGCUCUGUUCGCAUCUCUCAUGCAAGCAGGCCUCCUGCCUGGCUCAUCGGCAGCUGCCACUCCCCCUCCCGUCGAGCGCGAUCAGGACGAAGACUACAUCGCAGCCAUCCUCUCUCUCGACAUCAAGACCUCCGGAUCCGAAUUCAACCGCGAACCUGUCUCCUCCUACGAGUUGAUCCUGCACAAGCAUCUGCCGCUGCAAUGCCGACAGUGUGCCAACCGCUAUCCUGCCAGCACCAAGGGUCAAGUACGGAUGGACGACCAUCUCGACUGGCAUUUCACGCAAAAUCGUCGAGCCAAGGAUUCCGCAGCACGUGGUCAGUCACGAUCGUGGUUCGACCGGUUGGAAAACUUCAUUCGCGGUGGAUUCGACGAUUCUGCACCCACCAACAAAACGACCGGCUCCACCAGCGACAAAGACAGCAAAAGCCUCAACGCAGCCCAGGAAAAGCAACUCAAAGAAAAGUUCGCUAAAUCCUUCGUCAUCGCCCCCACCGACACGGUGCUCGCCGCCCAACCCUGCCCCAUCUGCAAAGAGGCCUUCAAGUCCCAGUGGAGCGAGGACGAGGAGGAGUGGAUCUGGUUGAACGCCAUCCAGGUCGACAACGAGGCAGGGCAAGUGUAUUAUCAUGCAAGCUGCCAUUAUUCGGCUAAGAGUCUGACGGAUAGUGUGACGGGCGAGAGGAGGACCGCGAGCGUGGGAGUGAAGAGGAGGAGUGCGAGUAGGACGGCUACACCCGCAGCUGGGACGGGGGCGAAGAAGAGGAAGUCCGGAGUCGAAGAAGAGAAUGGGAUAGAGGAGGGGGACGAGGAGGAGACCGGGCCGCCGGCGAAGAAGUCAGCAGUGUGA